UCCCUGAGAAGAUGUGUCUUCUUUCCCUCCCUCUACUGCUCUUUCUGCUGUGUACCAGAACCAAAGCUGGGGAAGUCAUCGGUGGCACUGAGUGCAAGCCACACUCUCGUCCCUACAUGGCCUACCUAGAAAUUGUCACUCCUGAGGGACACCGGGGUGCCUGUGGUGGUUUCCUGAUACGACGGAGCUUUGUGCUAACGGCAGCUCAGUGUGCAGGAAGGUCUGUAAUAGUCAACUUAGGGGUCCAUAACACAAAACAGAAAGAAGACACAUGGCAGAGGCUUAAGGUGGUAAAGCAAUUCCUGCAUCCAAAGUACAAUGACUCUACAUUUCUCCACGACAUCAUGUUACUCAAGUUGGAGAAGAAAGCCAACCUGACCCUGGCCGUGGGUACACUCCCCCUCCCACCCGAAUUCAACUUCAUUCCAUCUGGAAGAAUGUGCCGGGCAGCAGGCUGGGGGCAAACAAGUGUGGAGGAGCCUGCCUCAGACACUCUGCAGGAGGUGAAGCUGAGACUCCUGAACCCCCAAGCCUGCAGACCCUUCACAAACUUUAAGCACAAGCUCCAGCUGUGUGUGGGUAAUCCCAGGAAGAGAAAAUCUGUAUUCAAGGUGAUCCUCUAA